CACAGGCCUAGGCCUAAUUCCCUGAACAAUGCAGUUGAUCUAUGAAGGCCUAAAACAUGUAUAAGGAGUAAUAUAGGCCUAUUCUGGUCUUCUUGUGGUGGCCAGCAAAUGCAACGUAUACAGUAUGAUAUUACGACAUGUUGUUACGGCUUUCAAACGCCAGUCUUUCUAAAGAUUAGGUUCGAUUUUAGAUAGAUCGUAUAUGUGUGUCAGUGGGUCAUGAGAUAGUUCGUCAUGUCUGAUUAAUUCGGUCAUGAAUUAAUCAGUGAUCUCUGGAGUCUAGUAUAUGCCCGGUUUUGAAAUGCGAUUCGAUACCAGUGUGUAGGCAACUUGGGAUCUGCAAGAAAAUGGGCAAGUUCUGAAACCAAUCGAGAGUAGCCAAAGGAUAAUUUGCGACGCGAAACAAUGACUGACAGGUACCGGCUACAACUGACCAAUUCGGGCCCAUGCUGAUAUUAGACAGGAUGAAGAAAGACUGACUUGCUUUUGAACUUGGAGACGUGCAAUCGGGAAAUAUAACGGGCUCGUCAGGCCAUUGCGAUUCAGAUUCAGUGAAGUCCACACAAGACAACGCUGUUGUAAAAGUUGACAACGAGCAAAGUUCUUAUAUCAUAUAACUUAACAAAACUCUGUGUGACUUGUCUUUCAAAAUAAAGGACUUCGACAGCCAAAAUGGACGUUGACUACCGGGAGUGCCCCAGUAGCGGUGCUUCCAGCCGUGCCAGUUCGGUCGGGCGAGGCCAACAUAGUUUCGAGGAGAGUGACCGCUCCGGCGAAACCACAUGUCCACCCGUACAGACAAGCGGAUCGCGGACUCGGCGGUGCGUUAGCGCACCUCUUACCACUGACUUUCCCUCGGAGAUGGGAGAGAGUGAGCCUUUGAUAGCAAAGGAUGGGAUGGGCAUGUCGUAUUCAACGGCCGGGAGCGGGGAGGUGAAGUUUGCAGCACAAUCGGAGAAGUAUGGUCCUAGGCUGAGGACGUUUAAGAGGAGAUAUUACAUUUUAGCCGUCUACUGUUGGAUGUCCUUUUCAUUCGGCCUGGUCUGGACGACAUGGGCGCCCAUUGCUAACUCGGCGGAGCAGGCCCUGGGCUUCACCGGGGGUGACAUCGCCCUACUACAGAAUUCAGGGCCGAUAGGGUUCCUGGUGACUUUCUUUGCUUUGUCUUGGGUGGUCGAUAAAAAAGGACCCCGCUGGGUGAUGGUGAUAUGUUCCACGCUACUAUUCCUCGGAACUGGGUUAAGAUGUUUUAUUGCAUUCAGUAGGGAAGCGGCAGUUAUUUUAAUUUACGUGGGACAGUUCAUGAUUGGGAUGACCAUUUGCCAGAGUCAGGUUAUGGCUCCGGUGAUCUCAGCAGUCUGGUUCCCAGCCGAACAGAGGGCCACAGCGACAGCGCUUGGUGUUCUGGCUGCGCCCAUAGGAAUGGCUUUGGCCGGGGCUAUAGAGCCCUACAUCGUGACGGAAGCGCUUGGAGCCAAUGCAACAUUCGGGGACCACAACAUGUCGUUACUUUACGAGCCAAGCCUCCACAAUUCUACCAACUCGUCCGAUUUAGAACCAGCGAACCAGCAGCAGUUUGAAGAAAUUGUCACACUAAUGAUUAUACAGACUGCCAUUGUUGCAGUCGGUUUUUUCUGCGUGGUUUUCUAUUUCCCCACAAAACCCCCGGUCCCGCCGACAAUGUCACAAUCAGGGUCCAUCAAAAGAACCAGUUUUAAAGAAGGCACCAAGGCACUGUUUAGAAUGCCUCAUUAUUGGCUCUUGUGUAUCGCCACAUCGGUUCCAUGCGGUGUCGGUACCGGCUGGCUGACAUUACUGGGCGUGAACCUUAAGGCAGUUAAUAUCCCUCAAAGUUUGAUCGGAUGGAUCAUUUUCGUGUUCCUCCUCUCUGGUGUGGUGUCAGGCAUUAUCAUCGGCAGAAUUGGUGAUUAUCUAGCCGGUCGUUAUAAGACAAUGACUGUUGUUCUGUUCGCCGUUGGAACUCUGAGCACUCUCUGGUUCACGCUACAAAUCCAACAAAUUCUACCUCGUUAUGACUCCACCCUUUUCAUAUCAGUGGUAAUAUGCGGCAUUACUCUGAGCGGUAGCCGGCCCAUGAUACUAGAGAUGGUGCUCGAGCUAACCUACCCGAUCCGAGAAGGCAUCAGCCUCAGUAUACUUCAACUUGUCCUCAACCUGACUAUGUUAGUGUUCUAUUUCAUACAGCUUAUACCUGGAGUAGGCACGAUGUGGAUGAACUGGGCCUUCAUAGGAGUGUGUGCCAUUGCGGUGCCGAUGUUGAUAGGAUUCAAAGCAAAAUACAACCGCUUGAGGCUGGACUCUGUGAUCUCACGUCCGAAUGGAACAGAAGGAAGGGACAAGAUGAACUCCACUUCUGAACAAUAGUUCAUGUUCAUUUAGAAUAUAUAUGUAUCCGGAACUUGCGACUUUAUUUCCUCAUCAAACAUAUAAAUCAACAAAAAAAUUGUCCAGCAGAUUCGCAAUUUUUGGACUGGAGAUGUUUUUGAAAGUUGUACUUUUUUGACGGUUUGAAAUUAGCAGGAUAGGUUUAUCAACAAGAUGCUUUCCGCAGACGAGCAGAUUAAGAAUCCGUCGUUGGUUACAAGUUUUCACUUUCACUUUAAUGUUGUGCCACAUGCCUCCAUUUUUAGAUAUUAUUGAAUAAAUAAAGACUCCAUCGCAUUGCUA